GUCUAUGACGUAAGAAUUGCCUCGAGAAUCUCAAGUUCAUCAUGCGCUUGUGACAUCGCGCGAACGAUUAUGGAUUUCUGCUGUGCAGUUUUCUUGGAGAAUUAUUUAGGUUAAGAAAACUUUCGCGUUUUGUGAAUAUCUGUCGUGCGUGGACCAAAAGGAUCGCCGAUAUGAAAUGCGUCAUACCUGGAGGAAAUGUCAAGGUCUUGGCAAGAGCGAUACACACACUGGCAAAGAUUGGGGAUGAGAUGUACGUGAACCCACUGCAGGAAUCCAUCUCCUUUCGCGCGAUCAACAUGGCAAAGUCGGCAUAUUGUGACUUUACGUUCCAAAAGACUUUCUUCUCCUACUAUACUCUUGGAGACCUUGAAAACGAAGAAGCACAGAGGUGUAAAAUCUCCAUGAGAAGUGCCAUGACUGUCUUCAAGUCCGCACACACACUGGACAAACAAGUGGAGACUUGUCAUAUUUGCUUAGAAGUGGACGCCUGUGAUCUGAUAUUUAUUUUGAAAUACAAGAACGGUGUCAACAAGUCCUACUUGUCGCCCAUCCUGGAUUCUGAAAAGUUGCAAGCAUCUUACACGAAGAGCGGUAUGACCAAUGAACUGAUGUCGCGCGCUCGAACGUUCAUGGAUGCGCUGCAAAACUUCCCACAGAACUUGUUCGAAAUAACGCUCGAGUUAACGGCGCAGAAGUUGCUGCUCAGGAACUACGUGGACGACGCGUUAGUCAUGGCGAACACUACGCGCACGCAACUGGCUCUCGGCAUUGGAGAGUUCGAGCGUUACACAGUAAGCGAGAACAGCCAAACGAGCAUUACGUUUUGUCUGAAGGAGCUCAGAUCACUACUCACCUUCAGCGAGAACGUAGGAGUUCCAGUUAGUGUGCAUUUUGAAACAGCGGGAAGACCAAUGCUGCUCGCGUUGAAGAACCAGAUCCUUGAGGCGAAUUUGUUACUAUCGACUCUGAAUCCGGACCUUGACAGCCAAUCGGACUUAACUUCAAUCAGACCGAUGCAACCCGUUCGAAAGAGAAACGCUUCUUCGAGAGGCGUUUCCAGACGUGGUAGCAAAGCUUCCACAAGUCGGACAAAGAAAUCUACUGCCACUGCCAAACCUGCGAUUAACAGUACAUUCAGGGAUAUGCCAGUUGAGGAGAUCAAUCUGACGGAAAACCGAUUCGACCAAACCGCGGGUGCCUCCACGAGCACGCUUUUCAGGGAAACAGAAGCGAAUAAUUCUGCAAAUAAUAUUCAGGAGAGGAAUCAAAGGCAGUCGGGACAGAGUCGCCUCUUCGCGUUGAGUCCUGCCAGCACGACGUCCCGGACGAGCAACAGCAGGAUCUCGGAGGAUCAACAAAGGUUGGUGAGCACGGUAUUUUCCAGCAUCACGAAGCGGAAGUCGACGAGCGAUGACGAGAGUUUCAAGGAGAAAGAGAGAGCAGAUAGGUGUGUCGAUUUGGAAGAGAACGUACCACGUUCACCGCCGCCACGUGCGGUUGCCAAGAGAGCCAGGGUGGUGUUUCAGAAGUGUUUUCAAAGUACUUUCGAUCCCCGUAUGUUGCCUGGUCACGACAUUAUUCUGGUAGAUGAUUCCGAUGAGAAUAAUAGCGACUAAAGUAUUUAUUUAGGAGAUCUGAGAGUUUUUAUGAUGGAACUUUCGAUGUAAAUACAAAUUAGAACAAUAUUUACAUGGUUGAAGCUUUUAUUUGAAAUUCAGUGUUAAAAUUAGGUGUUAGAAGAAUGAUUCAGAAUUUAUACGAGAAUUAUUUUUGAUACUUUUGAUAUCAGGUCCACAAUUCUUCAAAUUAUAAAUUGUUUUCUUUUACACAUACUGAUCUUAAAGAUCUGUCUUAUAAAGAAACAUGAUUUGUAAAGCUAGAUCUGUCGACAUUGUACACUGCAGCACAUAGCGUAUACAUUUAAAGAAGAAUUGUAUUUUCAACGUAGAUCUUUCACUGUAAAUAAGAAAUUUCGUUUGUAAAGAUUUUAUAAAUAAAGAGAUAUAAAUAAAGAACGAUUUUCUACAAUA